AUGAUUAACGAUAGAGAGCAGAGUGUACAACAGAUGAUCUCCAAAAUCGUCACGAAAACUGUUGUGGAUCCUCUCAUGCGCGACACUGAUUCGACUGCUUGGAAAAUGUUACACGAGAUUGAAUUAGAGAACAAUAAUAGGCGUCUUCUUCUUCGUGCUCUCAUGCAAGAACAUCAGGAAGGGAACAUAAAAUCUACCAUUGUUGAGUGCCUUAAUCGUAAGCUCGAAACGUGUCCAGCAGAGGUGGAUGUGAUCUGGAUGCUUCUAGCAGAUCUGAGCGCUAUCUUCAAAGUAAAACCAAGGAAGGCUUUGGAGGCAUGGUACGCUAUUGAGGACGGAGAUACUAAUAACAGGGUGCGCUACGUUACGAGAGUGCUGUCGCGGUCCUAUGGUGAUUUGGAUGCUACUGCAAAAGGAGAGCUCUGUGCUGACAUCGAAACAAAGAUUACGAGUUUCAGAAUCGAUGCCACAAACAUUUCUUCCGCAUACCUUUGCGUGGCUAAACUUUUGGAUGCUGUCGGCGAGGAAUGCACCGGUAAGAAAAAAUUGGAAAAACUAGGUAAACGACUUCUCAGCCUGGGCCGUAGUCACAUACGUGAAUCACUACAGAAGAUCGAUGAGGAGUAUGAUUAUCCCGAAAGGCUGGAAGCUCGAGAAACGCUGCUCAUACGAGUCAUCACGACAAUCGGGGAAGUUGUUCAGUUUUCGCCGAGACUAAUGAAUGCAGCUGUGCGGCUGUUGGAUGCGCUCAAAACUAUACUGUCUUCGGACAUUUUCAAUGAGCAUGAACUCCCAGUUGUAAACUCGGCCAUACCAUCCAUACAGCCAACUCCUAUUCCAUCUCGUGCACAAUCACCAUCACCUGCCCAUUCUCGCGCGUCUUCUCCAGCUCCAUCCGUGUUCUCGACGAACGAGAAUCAGCUCUUCGAAUGUAAUGUAGGUAAUGGUUCUCGUUUUCAGGACGAUCAGCCGUUAUCCUCUCAAAAUGGUCCUGUGAUACCUCAACACAUUUUGAUAGCAGCUGUUUCAAAUCGCCGGUCAUUACUGACCCCGCGAGUGCGAGCGCAUGCAGUGUUAACGAUUGGCAAAUUUUGUCUCAUGGAUGAGAGAAUUGCUAAAUCUACCAUUCCCGUCUUCGUAAAACAACUGAAACUCAAUUCGGACCAUGUAAUCAGGAAUAAUAUUGCUCUAGUUGUCUGUGAUCUAUGUAUACGAUAUACAUCGAUGGUAGAUCGCUACUCUCCUAUUGUUGCUGCUUGUCUUAAAGACACGUCGACAUUGGUUCGUCAGCAAAUUUUAGAGUCGCUUACCUCUCUAAUCAAGGAGCAGUUCAUAAGAUGGGAAGGACAGAUUAUGUAUCGCUUUGUUUCAACAAUACUGGACGAGAACAAGUGUAUCAAGGAAUAUACUAAAUUCUGUUUGCGAGAUGUGUUGCUGCUUCAAUUUCCGGAACUGUUUUCCAAUCACUUUAUUGAAUGCCUCAUGUAUUUCAACAACGUGCCAGUGAGCUGUGAACGAGAUGGUGAGGUCCACGCAAUGAGGAGUGUGAUUUUAAAAUGGCUUUGUUUUGCAGCUGUGCAGGAAGUCGUCGAUCCAUCUCAUCGUGUUUCUCUUCACGGUCCUGAGAACGAAGAGAACCGGAUGACGAUCUAUAAAUUCAUGCUAAGCACCUUCGACGACACGCGUAAAUUCACUCUGAUGGCGCAUAUUUGUACACAAAUAAUCUGUCCGGUAAUGAAUGGGAAGCUCAAGUUUGAGGACCCGUGCGUUUUCGCUCUGCUCAGGGACUCACUCACGGUAAUGUCUCUCAAGGAAAUUAAAUUGAACAUGGAUGUAGGGAAAGGUCCAGACGAAGAGGACGAGCCUCCAGCAAUCGUUGUGGCAGCUGCUAAAGAAAUGAUUGCACAAACAUUCCGAAAAGCAAUGAUUGAGUACGUAAUGCCAGCGUUGCUGGAUCUACGUGUGUUUCUCAACGAAAAGCGGUCUAGUUUACGAGGGCCACUGUACUGCGUUUUCCGUGCUAUUUGUCGUGAGCACAAGGAGCAAAUAGACGCAUUUUUGGAUGGUGAUCAGCAGCUGAAAGCCGAAGUCGAGUAUGAUAUCCAUAGAUUUGAGCUACGGGAGAAACGAGAACGAGCUGCUGCUAAGAAACGCGCUGAGGAAGCAGCUAUAGAACGGCGACGUUCACGGCGCUCACUAGCCGUUGUAAACAGAGAACCAGCAGGGGAAGAUGAAGAAACAACCCAACAUCAGCACACAGACUCAGAACGUCGAAGCAGUCGUGACACUGGAGCAGCGCCAGGAACACCUGAGGCUUCCAAGUCUAGAAGUUUUGAGGACGUUCAAGUGGAUAUGUCCACUGAAGUCCGAAUACCUGUGAACAUUCAAGCACCACGUGAUGAAGUCGUUGCGCAUGUGGGUGAAGAGGGUGGUCCAACUAUUAAGGAAGAACCGAUGGAGGCAGAUUCAGCAUCGGAGGAAUUCCCGCAUGAGGAACGUGCUGAACUUGUCCAGGAAGCUGUGGCAGAGAUUGUCUUAGCGAAAGACCCAUACGAACAUGCGACAGUUUCCUUGGUUUAUUGUGAUGGCAAACGUAAGAGACGUACUCGUAGUUUUGGCUCAUUUUUUUCACCGAUCAUCUUUUUAAGUACUAGUGGUUCUACCGAAAAUUCGGCGGCUUCUACUGAACUUCCGAAAUCUUCCGACAUGGAAGUUGAUAUAGUGCAUCCUCAAAUGGAAAUUGAAAUGGUUGAAUCCGCACUUGAAUGUGUGCAAACAGAGAAAGAAAAUCAACAUUCCGGUGAAGAAGGAUCACUUCGUCGUAGCAUACGGCUUGCUUCCACUCCUUCGUCAACUUCGGCACCAUCGCGAAGUUCUAGAAAGACCAUGCGUAGUGCGUCAGACGAGAGUAGGGUGACAUCACGCGCCGUGUCAACACCUAAUAAACCCAUAACUGAUCUGACCUUCGCUGAUCUCAAUUUGUCCGCUAUUCCGGGUGACGCUAGAAGCAUCUCACGUAAAUCAGGUGAUUACUUGUGCUACAAUUAUUGA